ACUGACCUGACUCCUCCCUCGCUCACCUCUACCCCACUCUCCAGGAUUUCAUUUUAUCCAACUCUGCUCAUUGCUGCAAGGCAAACCCAAGAAUCACAGCCUCCAGACUUUGCACAGCCUGGUCACUGGCCCUGCCUCCAUUUCAGAGUUGGUCCAAGGAUGUCAAUGAAGUAUGAAGACCUCCAGUCCUUGGAGAGUGAGAAGAAAAGCCAGGGUUCUAGAAAGGGGCUGCCUCCUCCCCCAGCCUUCCUGCAGCAUCUCUGCUCUGGCCCCUGGCCCCUUCUGCUCUCUCUGGGCCUCAUCCUUCUCCUGAUGAUUGGUAUCUGCGUGAUUGGAUCCAAAAGUGAGUGUCCCAGGAUGGGCAGGGAAGGGGGCGCCAGUGGGGUACAGGAACCCAGCUUGGAUAACAACAGUGCCUGUCCCUUAAAGUGGGGUGGCUCCCGUAGCCUGAAUGAGAAGGUGUUUUCUCUGGAGAGCGAGCUGGAGAAAGAGCAGCAGGAACUCAAAGCAGAUUAUUCUGAAAUGCUCCUGCAAGUCCAGCAACUGCUCAACGACCUGACCUCCCUGCAUUGUCAGAUGGCUGUGCUCAAGAACAAUGGCUCUCAAAACACCUGCUGCCCCAUUGGCUGGCUGGAGUAUGAAGGCAGCUGCUACUGGUUUUCUCGCUCUCCAUUGACCUGGCCUGAGGCUGAGAAGCACUGCCAGCUGAAGAACUCCCACCUGGUGGUUUUGAGCUCCUGGAACGAGCAGAAGUUUCUUGAGCAACACAUGUACCGUAUGGACAUCUGGAUUGGCCUUACUGAACAACAUGGUCCCUGGACAUGGGUGAAUGGGAAAUACUAUAAUUCCGGCUUCCAGAACUGGAGUCCAACGCAGCCAGACAAUUGGUACUACCAUGGGCAAGAGGACUGUGCCCACUUCGGGACCGAUGACCAAAGGAAGAAUUACCUUUGCAUGAUUCCCUUCCACUGGAUCUGCGAGACAGAGCUGAGCAGACCCAGCGCCUAGCCUCCUCUCCCUAGUCUAUUUCAGGAAUGCUCUCACCUGCUGAGGGAACCUGGGUGGAGAUUCUUUUUUCUGGGGGGCCUCCUGCAUCACCCCAGGGGUUUUCAUCUAGGAUUUGAAGGGAAGGGGAGAGGACGAUGUGUGAGGAACGCCGAAUGAUGUUUGAUGGGGUGGGUAGAUGAAAAUCCACACCACUCUCUGCAAUUUGCAGGUUAUUAUUGUCAACUUUUUUUAGAAUAAAAAGAAGAGAAAGAUACUAAA